CAAAAGAAUUCCUCUGUGCAUCAUGAACUCAUGCCCCACAGUAGGUAUUCGAGUGAGUGGACGCUAGCUUUCAUCAACGCUUGCUGUGGACUUGUCUCAAGCCCCACGGCAGGAGUUGAUGAAGGUUAGCAAUCAUUUGCGACUUCUACUUAUCAAAGGACCCUCAAGGUCGAGCACGAUGAAGAGAGUGUCCGUUCGUUGCGAGUGGUAGGCAUGGUCCAUACACAUCUGCGUAUGAAAACAUAUGUGAUGGACGUUCCAGAUGGAUACGUGUGCCGUAUCCGGGAAAUCAAACAACAGCAAAUUCCAGAAACAUUGAUCGACUUCUAUGAAACCUACAUCCCGUAUUUAGAAGCUAUGCUUAAGAUUAAGGGAAUCGUAAAAUCGACCAUGGAUGUAGUUGCCAAGCCAAAGAAAAACAGGUCAGAUUUCGUAUCGAGCGUAACAGAACCAAGCACAGUCAUCAUCCCAUCAGCAUUGAACGGACCUGUCAAAAUAACCCCACAAAAAAGAAAGGCCGACGACUCUGAGUGUUCACAUACGCAAGAAAAAUAAGCACGCAUUCACCUACCCACAAUCACUCCAAACCUUUUCUGACAAAAUCGCAUCCACAUUUCCGCCCAUCUUUAACAUGCUCUUUUCGCUGCAUUAUAUUUCCAUCUUUGACGCUGUACCAAAAACUUUUCACAUUUUCUGUCCAUCUUUUACCCUAUACUUGUACUUCUCACUUAAUUGACCCCAUCCUUUUCUAAAUACAUCUUUGUCUAUGUGCCGAUCCCACAAGUGUAUAAUAUUCAGUAGCCGCUUCAGAUACGCCUUGCAUUUCAUUAAUUUUGGAUGAUGAAAUGGAUGAACUCAUGCGGCUCCUGCUGUUGCUGGAAUGAUAUGUAACUAGGAGUGUUACCGAGUACUUCUAUUUCUCCGUCCGUUUCUCUCUGCUUUUGCUCGUAUUAAUUACGCCAUCGAAUACAAUGUUCAGCGUAGGUAUCGAAUAGAAGGAUCAGUAGUUGAGCGAUGCAAG